AUGGCGAAACACUUGUUAUUGACUCUUCCUUUUCCCAAGCCGGAGCCCUUCCUGCAGCGGCUCCAGGCUGUCUUUCCAGACUGGAAAAUCACGUAUUUGCAUCAUGCCGUCAAGACCACCGAGGCUUUUUACAAGCAGGAUAUGCACAUCCCGCCUGAAAUCUUGCGCGAGGUUACUGCGUUGAUGACUAUGGGAGUCGUGCCUGAUCCCGCGGACGCUCCUAAUCUUCGCUACAUUCACUUCAAUGUCGCGGGGACAGACCAUGUUGCCCAUAAGCCCGCGUUUAAGGAUCCAAACAUUACAAUCACGACUUCUACCGGUGGGCCUAGCAUUGCUGUUGCGGAGUGGGUUCUUGGCUCCAUUUUGGGACUGAGUCGUCGACUGUUUCAGUUCAAAGAGUUGCAGAAUGCGAAGAGUUGGGGUAGUCCUGUGCCGGUUCCGCCCCCAUUUGCCCUGGAUGGAAAAAAGAUUGGCAUUGUUGGCUAUGGAUCUAUUGGACGACAAGUGGCUCGUUUGGCAAACGCUUUCGGCAUGGAGGUCAUUGUCUACAACUCUCGUCCACGACCAACUGCGGAAGACCGCAAGGAUCGAAACUGGUGCGAGGCUGGCGCCGGUGAUCCAGAUGGCUCGAUUCCAAGCGCUUACUUCCACGGGCAGUCCAAGAAGGAGGUGCAUAGCUUUCUCUCUCAGGACCUGGACAUUGUGGUUCUCUCGCUUCCGCUGACGGCGUCUACGAAACACUUGAUUGGUGAAGAAGAGCUCAGAUUGAUCAAUGCUAAGAAUCCGGCUAUUCUUGUGAAUGUCGCCCGCGGCCAGGUCAUCGAUCAGAAUGCGCUCAUUGCGUCGCUGAAAAAGGGCGCUGCCAAUGGCGGGCUUCUGGCUGCGGCUCUUGAUGUCACUGAUCCAGAGCCCCUGCCUGAGGAUAGUGAGUUAUGGGGACUGCCUAAUGUUUUUAUAUCGCCGCAUAUCAGCUCUGUUACGCAGCAGACGGUGGCGCGGGCGUAUAAGAUUUGGUUGGAGAACUUGGUUCGGAUAGAGAAGGGCGGGGAGCCGUUCAACAUUGUUCAAAAGGCGAAGAUGUGA